CCGCUCACGCCGAAGAAGAAAAUGCGGAAGAAGCCGUGCAAACGUCACUAUCGCGUGUGUUGACUGUGUGCUUUCUAGAAUUGUCUCUCGGCUCAGCGUCAAGCGACAUUUCAACCAUAUAAGCCAGCGAGAAAUAUUUUCAUCGAUACGACAAGAUGUCUGCCAUUGCCCAAGAGCACGUUCGAGGGGGGAGUGUCUUCAAAGACCUGAGCGCCGACGACGAAGACUGGCAGCCCACCGAGAUCGAGAGCUUGUGCAUGAACUGCUACCAGAAUGGGACCACUCGUUUGCUCCUCACCAAAAUCCCCUUCUUUAAAGAAAUCAUCGUCAGCUCGUUCAGUUGCGACCAUUGCAGUUGGUCUAACACCGAAAUCCAGUCCGCGGGGCGCAUUCAGGAGCAGGGCGUGUGCUACACUCUCAAAGUCACAAGUAAAAGCGAUUUAGACCGUGAGGUGGUCAAAAUGGACAGUGCGACGACCAGGAUACCCGAGCUGGAUUUCGAGAUAUCUCCGUUCACACAGAAAGGUGCCUUAAGCACCGUGGAAGGCAUUCUGGACCGAGCCGUGGCCGGACUAGAGCAAGACCAAGCGGCCAGGCAGGAGGCAGACCCCGAAGUGGCUGGCAAAAUCCACACGUUCAUCCAGAAGCUGAAGAAGUUAAAAGAUGUAGAGGAGCCGUUCACCGUGGUGAUCGAGGAUCCGUCGGGCAACAGUUUUGUGGAGAACCCAUUCGCCCCGCUCAAGGAUGAGGCCCUGACGGUGUCGUCGUUCCGGCCCAGUGUGCAGCAGGAGAAGGAGCUGGGCCUGCGGGCCGAUGACGAGCCGGACGACGAGCCUCCGCCCGGUGACGACCUGGACUCGAUGCGGAGCGAGGUGCUGGUCUUCAACACUAACUGCCCCGAGUGCAACGCGCCGGCCUCCACCAACAUGAAGCUGGUUCAGAUCCCCCACUUCAAGGAGGCCAUCAUCAUGGCCACCAACUGCGACGCCUGUGGCCACCGCACCAAUGAGGUCAAGUCGGGCGGCGCCACAGAGGAAAAGGGCACCAAGAUCAUCCUGAACAUCACCACCGCGUCCGAUAUGACGCGGGACCUGCUCAAGUCGGAGACCUGCUCGGUCUCCAUCCCCGAGCUGGACUUUGAGCUGGGCAUGGGGGCGCUGUGUGGCAAAUUCACCACGGUGGAGGGCAUCUUGACGGACAUCAAGAACCUGGUGGUGGCCAAGAACCCCUUCGUGUGCGGGGACAGCGUCGACUCUGGCCGCGCACAGAAGCUGAAGGAGUUUGGCGACAAGAUCGACAGCAUCAUCGCUGGGCAGAUGAAGGCCCGCCUGAUCCUGGACGACCCAUCCGGCAACAGCUACCUGGAGAACGUGUACGCGCCCGAGGCCGACCCGGAGAUGACGAGGGAGAUGUAUGAGCGCACGUACGAGCAGAAUGAAGAGCUCGGGCUGAACGACAUAAAGACGGAAGGCUACCAGGAGGACACUGAAGAAAAGCCAGCCCCGCCCCUAGAAUCCUAAAUCUCAGAUUUACCUCCAAUCUCAUGUUUGUGUUUUAUGACAUCAUGUUUUUGAGCUGAGCAUGAUAAUCUCAGUUCCAUUUGCUAAUUUUACCCAACUAGUGGAACAAGGGCGCUCUGCCUAGUUACAAUGGAGACAAAGCAAGGCCACUCGUUGACAACUUUCAAGUUCUAGCAAAUAAUAUAUUGAUGAAAUACUCGGACCAGCUUUCCAUGAUCGUUAUUCAUUGGCCAGGAAGAAAUAUUUUCAGUUGCGAGGCCCCUCAAGGAUUCUGUCUUGUUUUAGAUUUGCCCGCAUCAUUUAUCAGAAAAGCGUUCAAAGUGGAAAAACUCAACUGGGCAUUUUUUUCAAGAAGGCACUUUAGUAAUUGUGUCAAAUUUUAUUUGGAUGCCCUGCUGAUAAUUUUGGGGACUGUUUGAGGCAGCAUACCCCACUGAAACAAAUGUGUCAUGUUUCAAAGGUAAUGGGUUUCAAAUAAAGGUGUCAUGAUGUUAUCAA